GAGCGAGUGAGUCACGUCCGAUUUCGAGCCCGACUAUCUGCCGAGACGCGCCAAAAUUCCUUGCCACCUCCGAUCGUUUCGCGCGUAUUUUCGUCCAUUCAACGCCGUUGAACGUUCUCCAGCGGGGAGAAUAUAUCGAAAGCGAUACGAGAACACACGAGGUUCUGUUGUUCCCUCGCGUUCCAACGAUAAUCAUUCAGUGAACAUUGAACGUCGCUCGUUGUACAUUGUUUAUAAACACGCGAUUAUAGAGACGCGUGACCCUCGAACGACUCCGAAAUUCUCGCGCGUAUUCGGCGCCGAACCUUUGCAGCCAGCGAGUCUUCUAAAUUUCCACCUUGAUAACAGCGACCUGUGCGAUUCGCGCGGAAACGCCGGAUUUCCAGAAGGCCGGAUCGUCGAAUUAUCGGUGAUCGAGCAGAAUUCCCGUGUGAUGUUUGCUUGAUUUUAUCCAUCGAUCCGGUUUCAUUGUUCGUUCUCUGUGAAUAACACUCGCCACGAUGUCGAUUUAUUACUACGUGAUCCUCUGGACUGUCGUGGUUCCGGUGUUGUGCGAGCCGGUGAACGAACCGACGAAAACCAGACUGACGAUCCUGAAGUGUUGCCGGUAUAACGAGGAACUGGUGAAAGAAUCCGACAACGAGGUGGACGCGAGUACUCGCUGCAAGGCGACCAAGAACGAGUGGAAGCCUAUCAUCUAUUCGCCGUCCAAGGCAGACAUGCUGGAGAAACCGCCAGCGGAAUGGGACAUCGUCGAAGGCAGGAAGCCCGUUUGCGAGCAGAAUUCUGCAUUGACCUACGUGCCGUACCGAAUCACCAAUCCGUUCGUGCUCAUGGACGACGGCCGCGUGAUCAUCGACGUCCACGUGAACGAAAGAUUCGAGCCGGACGCGUACUGCGCCGAUUCGAACGCACUUCUCGUUUGCAUGAAGAACAGAAUGCAAGGGAACCACGAGGCUGUCACUAUGAGACCACGCGUGAAGAAAUGUUGCGGUGAAAACGCAACGUUCUACGAGGAGGAACAAACGUGCGUUCUUUCGGAAGAGUCGGCCAAUCCCACGCCCUUGUUACCAAAUGCUUCUGCCGCCGCUGAGAUCAUACCUGGUUUCCCAACUUGCCUUCGUUUCGACAACCUUACGUUCCUGGGCGAUGCUAAGGAUGCCGUGUUACUGCCGGAUGGUGGUUUGGUGAUCGACGGCGUCACGUUACCCACUGGUCAGUUUUGCGUUGAGAGGGUCAAGGAACUGAACCACGUGGCCAAAGUGUUCGCUUGUUCCGAGCACGCACCGCAAAGGCCAAUAAUGCAGGCGGCCGACAUCAGGUUCACCUUGUAUCCCGUGGGCUUCAUCAUUAGCGCUGUAUUCCUGGCAGCCACGUUGGCCGCCGGUUGGUUGCUGCCAGCCUCUCAUCACGUUCUGCACUGGCGUUGCCAGACUCAUCAUGUCACCUGCCUGAUGCUCGGUGAUCUCCUCAUGGCCAUCAUUCAGCUCGCCGGUGACUCCCUGCACGGCGGAAGCUGCAAGGCGCUCGGUGAGUCAAGAUAUUUUUUUUUCUCUCUCUCUUUUUUCACGUUUUAUCGUUCUCCCUUACACUUCCGUCUGAUCUGUAAAUCGUGCGCCUCUUUCGUGAAAUCGUUGCCUUCAUCAGACAGAUUACGAUCGAAGUGAAUUAUAUACACAGGUCAUGAUGCGCAGAAAUACGUAACAAUCUUCCGCUUGUGAAUAACAGCCGAGAAUUCAGUGUAAAGAAUGAUGAUGGUUUGUUAAUCAAAAAUAUUAUACAUUCGCAUGAGCAAGCCACUCAAGUUUUUCGAUUUACGAUAACAAUAUUCUUAUCAAUUUACUCGUCAAUGUUCUUACAAUAAUAUGUCAUUCGUCUAUGGAAUCUUUCGAUUAUUGUUUCGCUCAAAUUGUUGUUAGUCAAUUCUUGCAGGAUUCUACAGACUUAGAUCUUGA